AGGACACAUGGGAAACAACCAGGACUGGUAAAAGUCAGCAUGGACUGACCCUGGCCUCUGGGAGACGGGUGAGGUGGACUGGUGAGGUGUUCGGAAUCUGACCAAGUACCCAGAUUGGAGACAUAAGGACAGGUUUCCCUGCAGCUGCCAGCUCCUUGGGACAGAGAUGUUGGGAAACCGGUGGCGUUUUUUUUACCAGAAGAGUUUCAAGCAGAGAUCUGAGGGGAGGAGAGGUGGGGGAGAGGUUCAACUUCUGUGUCCACCAGAAAACUCUGGGUUGGGAAGGAGACCUUGGCACCAUUCGAGACACCUCCUCCUCCCACUGCUGUGUUAGGGUGGCCAUGACCCCAGAGAUUUUGGUGGAGGGUGACAUGACCGUGUACUAGCUUCCCUAGACCUGAGACCCCAGGAUGACAGAACCUGAAACCUUGGCCCUACUGGAGGUGAAGGGGCCUGAGCCUCCAGAGAAGAGUCCCCCUCAGGCCUUGGUCCCCAAUGGCCGGCAGCCAGAACAGCCUGAAGGGGAAGGAGAGGCCGAAGCUCCUGGAGCCAAAUCCCCCAAAGUGGGGUCCUCAUCCGGGUCCCCCACAGCCGGCGAGGGAACUGAGGACGGCCUGGACAGCACAGUGAGCGAGGCCGCCACCUUGCCCUGGGGGACUGCCCCGCAGCCCAGUGCUCCGUUCCUGUCCCCCGACCCUCCUGGCUGGCGGGACAUCGAGCCCCUGGAAGCAGAGGAGGCAGCCACCAAGCUCGGGGCGCUGUCCGACGACGAUGCCAACCUGCUGCCCGAGAAGGCGGCCCGGGCCUUCGUGCCCAUCGACCUUCAGUGCAUCGAGCGGCGGCCCCCGGAGGCCGUGGCUGAGGCCGAGCGCCGCCGGACCUUCCUGCCCCCGCGGGCGGCGCCCCCCGAGCCCGCGGCCCUGGUGGAGCGCAAGUGGGCAGAGGCGGUGGUGCGGCCACCCAGCCGCGCCUGCGGGGGCUGCGGGGGCUGCGGGGGCCGCGAGGGGCUGCGGGCCGUGGGCUCCAUGGCAGCUGCGCUGGUGGUCUUCCCUUGCCUGCUGUACGGGGCCUACGCCUUCCUGCCCUUUGAUGCCCCCCGCCUGCCCACCAUGAGCUCCCGCCUCAUCUACACGCUGCGCUGCGGGGUCUUCGCCACCUUCCCCAUCGUGCUGGGGAUGCUGGUGUACGGGCUGAGCCUGUUCUGCUUCUCCGCCCUGCGGCCCUUCGAGGAGCCACGUAGGGAGGUGGAGAUCCACCGGCAGUACGUGAGCCAGUCUGUCCAGCUCUUCAUCCUCUACUUCUUCAACCUGGCCGUGCUCUCCACCUACCUGCCCCAGGACACCCUCAAGCUGUUGCCGCUACUCACGGGUCUCUUCGCCAUCUCACGGCUCAUCUACUGGCUGACCUUCGCUGUGGGACGCUCGUUCCGGGGCUUUGGCUAUGGCCUGACCUUCCUGCCCUUGCUGUCCAUGCUGCUAUGGAACCUCUACUACAUGUUCAUGGUGGAGCCUGAGCGUAUGCUCACCGCCGAGAGCCGCCUGGACUACCCUGACCAUGCUCGCUCAGCUGCAGAUUACAGGCCCCGGCCCUGGGGCUGAGCCCUCUGGCCCUUCUUUCUGCACUCCAUGCAGGGUGGACCCCACAAUGGCUCUCACAAGGCAGAAAUGGACUGUUCUUUCUUUAAGGAAGGAGCUGAACAGCCAUGUCCAUUAUGGAUCUGAAGGCCUAGGCUGGUACUGGGGAAGCACGGUUCCUUACUCCUGGUCUGUGGAUCCAGUACCACAGGGAUCUGCUCCCCUUAUCAGCCAGCAGUGCCCACCUUCUCACUGUUUCCCAGCCAGCUGUCUAAGCAGAGGCCCCAAGAAGGACUGGAAGCACAAUGCCUAAAAUAAAAGCUGGGCUCAGAUCCAAUGGG